AUGGCGGGCUCCGAGCAGCAGCGGCCGCGGCGGCGGGACGACGGAGACUCGGCCGCCGCGGCGCCCCUGCAGGACGCGGAGCUGGCCCUGGCCGGCAUCAACAUGCUGCUCAACAACGGCUUCAGGGAGUCGGACCAGCUUUUCAAACAAUACAGAAAUCACAGCCCACUAAUGAGUUUUGGAGCCAGUUUUGUCAGUUUUUUGAAUGCCAUGAUGACAUUUGAGGAAGAAAAAAUGCAGUUGGCAUGUGAUGACUUAAAAACUACAGAAAAGCUGUGUGAAAGUGAAGAGGCUGGAGUAAUUGAAACAAUCAAGAAUAAAAUUAAGAAGAAUGUUGAUGCCCGAAAAUCCACCCCAUCUAUGGUUGAUCGACUUCAGAGGCAGAUCAUCAUAGCCGACUGUCAAGUUUACCUGGCUGUGCUGUCAUUUGUAAAGCAAGAACUGUCAGCCUAUAUAAAGGGUGGGUGGAUCCUUAGGAAAGCCUGGAAGAUUUACAAUAAGUGCUAUCUGGACAUCAAUGCCCUUCAGGAGCUGUAUCAGAAGAAGCUAACUGAAGAGCCCUUGACUUCUGAUGCUGCAAAUGAUAAUCACAUUGUGGCUGAAGGGGUGUCUGAGGAGUCUCUAAACAGACUGAAAGGUGCUGUUAGCUUUGGAUAUGGCCUUUUUCAUCUUUGCAUAUCCAUGGUGCCCCCAAACCUGCUCAAAAUCAUCAACCUGCUGGGUUUUCCUGGAGACCGCCUACAGGGGCUUUCUUCACUGAUGUAUGCAAGCGAAAGUAAGGACAUGAAGGCCCCUUUAGCUACAUUAGCUCUGCUCUGGUAUCAUACUGUAGUCCGCCCGUUUUUUGCCUUGGAUGGCAGUGAUAACAAAGCAGGCCUGGAUGAAGCAAAGGAAAUUCUCCUCAAAAAAGAAGCUGCUUAUCCAAAUUCCUCCCUCUUUAUGUUUUUCAAGGGACGCAUACAACGAUUAGAGUGUCAAAUUAAUAGUGCCUUGACUUCCUUCCACACUGCUUUGGAACUUGCCAUAGAUCAGAGAGAAAUCCAACAUGUCUGUCUGUAUGAAAUUGGAUGGUGCAGCAUGAUAGAGUUGAAUUUCAAGGAUGCAUUUGAUGCCUUUGAGAGGCUGAAAAACGAGUCCCGGUGGUCUCAGUGCUAUUACGCCUAUUUAACUGCAGUUUGUCAGGGCGCCACCGGUGAUGUGGAUGGGGCACAGAUUGUCUUCAAAGAAGUUCAGAAACUCUUCAAAAGGAAAAACAAUCAGAUUGAACAGUUCUCAGUGAAAAAGGCGGAGAGAUUUCGGAAGCAAGCCCCAACCAAAGUGCUAUGCGUGCUGGCGUCUGUUGAAGUGUUGUACUUGUGGAAAGCCCUUCCCAACUGCUCCUUCCCCAACCUACAGAGAAUGAGUCAAGCUUGUCAUGAAGUAGAUGAUUCAUCUGUUGUGGGAUUAAAGUAUUUGCUUCUUGGUGCCAUUCACAAAUGUCUCGGAAACUCAGAAGAUGCUGUUCAGUUCUUUCAACGAGCUGUUAAAGAUGAGCUGUGUCGUCAAAAUAACUUGUAUGUUCAGCCAUAUGCUUGCUAUGAACUUGGAUGUCUUUUAUUAGACAAACCAGAGACUGUAGCAAGAGGCAGAACUCUACUUCUUCAAGCAAAGGAGGAUUUCUCUGGCUACGACUUUGAAAACAGAUUGCAUGUCCGCAUCCAUGCUGCUCUAGCCUCUCUGAGGGAGCUGGUUCCUCAGUGACAGACCUGGAAUUCCCACUCUGUCCCUCCCCACCCAGGUUCUGCACUUUAAAAUAAAAACCGAGGACACAGCUCUUGUGAAGAUCGGCUUUUCUUCUGAAAACCACCUGUGCCAGGGACACAUUUUUCCAUUUAAGCUGACAUAUUAAAGAUCUCCUCUUUUAAACAUAUACCUAAAAAGUAAUAAUACUGAUGAUAAUAGUAAUAUAAACUAACCACCUGGGGAGAGGGCUAAGUGACCUUGUUCAAACAUUUUAGUUUUGUGAUUUAUUAUUUUUAAAAUGCAAUCAAACUAUUCAACCUAUGUUCUUAUAGGAACGCCUAAUCUUAAGCACACAUCUGACUGGGGGGUAACACUAAAAGGUACCUGUAAAAUUAUUAACAAUAUCAUGACAUAGCAUUUAUAUUGUGUUUUGAAAAAAAAUAAAAGUGCUUUUUAGUGUUUUA